AAGAUACAAAACGUUUUUACAAAUCUGAAUCAUGAAAAAUGCUACUUCACUUAUAAUUUAUUGUUUUCUCAUGUUCCUCCUUAUGAACAAUGUUAAAGGGCAGGGAAAAAAAAAACCACCAUGCCCGCUUGGACUGUCGGCAAACGGAAAAUGUGGGCAUGACGGACCUAAGUUAUGUUUUAGUGAAAUGGAACGAAAAUUUAAUAAAGAUGUGGUUAAAACUAUUACCCACUGCAAGUGCUGGGAUGAUCGACGCAACAAUGUGGACAAGCAUCGGUGCACAUGUUAUUUAAAACAUGGUUUUCCUUGCACCAAUGGCUAAGUUUGAAGUUAUAAGAUAGUUUUGUUUAUGGCAAAUGUUACUGGAAAAUCUUCAAAAAACAGCUCCAUUUAUUUUUCAUUUGUAUGUUUACUAUCCAAUACUUUUUGGUUAGAAAUAAAAAUACCUCAUUUAAUU